AUGGCAGAGGAAAAAGAACAGAAAGAGUUGAUUGAGCAAUAUUUCCAUCGUGGUUAUGAAAAUAAAGUCAUUAUUGAUCUACUGAGAUGUCAACAUGAUAUUCACAUGAGCCUUAGCACAUUAAAGAGAAGACUUCAGGAUUACGGCUUGACUAGAAGAGGGCUGAACGUUGACGAAAAUCGUUUACGACAGCUGAUUCAAAGUGAAAUAUCUGGACCCGGCCAACUCCGAGGAUACAGAGCAAUUUGGCAUUCCCUGAGAUUGUGUCAUAACAUUCAUGUUCCACGAAAAGAUGUUGCAAGAAUUUUGCAAGAGCUUGACCCUGAAGGAACACUGCAAAGAAGAAGUCGAAGGCUUCAAAGAAGAAGAUACCUUAGCUUUGGUCCAAAUUUCUGCUGGCACGCUGAUGGUUAUGAUAAAUUGAAACCAUAUGGGUUCCCCAUACAUGGAGCUAUUGAUGGGUACAGCAGAAAAAUAUUGUGGUUGGAGCUUUCAAGGUCAAACAAUAAACCAGAAGUGCCAGCAAAUUUUUUUUUGGAGUGUGUCAGAGAACAUUCUGGCUGUCCCAUGCUACUCCGAACUGAUUGUGGAACAGAAAAUGGGAUAAUGGCUGCAAUCCAAGCAUAUUUUCGUCAGCAUGGAAAUGACCUGGAUAAAGUCAAGAAUCACUGGAACACACAUCGAAUACGACGGUCAAAGUAUGGUACUGUUCCAGGUGUGCCUGAUGUAUUGUUUUUUCUGCCUCAGCGUUCAGGGGCUGCAGACUGUAAAAUCCCUGUUACAAAUGAGCAAACAGCGGCAGUGCAAAACCAUGUACAAAUUCAGGUUAUUGAUGGUGAGAUGAAUAUUUUUCAAGAAUACUUCCACUAUGUAAUGGACAAUGAAGCUUUACCUUAUCCAGCGAAUCAUGUAGAAGCACAUGAUCUAUUUGAGUAUUUAAUAGCUGUUGGUAACCCUUUGCAGUAA